UUUGUUCCGCUGAAAGUAAUUUCAGCGUUUCUGAAGUUGUUUUUUCUCGCCACGUUGCUGCUAAGGAGGCAACGCUACGGAGAUGAAAUACAUCAUAGGCAUCGGAGGUGUCACCAACGGUGGCAAAACCACCUUGACCAACAGAAUCAUCAAGGCGCUCCCCAACUGCUGUGUGGUCCAUCAGGAUGACUUCUUCAAGGUAAGCUUAUUUCAGCCACAAGAUCAAAUAGAAGUCGGGGAAGACGGCUUUAAACAAUGGGAUGUGUUGGACUCCUUGGAUAUGGAGGCAAUGGUGAGCACUGUGCGUGCGUGGAUUGAGAACCCAGUGAAGUUUGCCCGUUCCCACGGGGUGAAUGUUACGCCUGGCUCUAAAGAGCCAGCCUCCAAAGAUAUCCAUAUAUUGGUCAUUGAAGGCUUCCUGCUUUAUAAUUACAAACCACUGAUAGACCUAUUCGACAUACGCUACUACCUGGCAGUUCCAUACGAUGAAUGCAAAAGGAGGAGAAGCACGCGUAACUACACUGUUCCUGACCCACCGGGUCUCUUUGAUGGACACGUCUGGCCCAUGUACUUAAAACACAGGAAAGAAAUGGAGGACUGCGGUGUUGAUGUUGUUUAUUUAGAUGGCCUGAAGUCUAGAGAUGAACUUUACAAUCAAGUCUUUGAAGAUAUUCACAACAAGCUUUUAAAUUGCUUAUAGGUAAAUACGUCCCUGCUUCUGAGGGGGUGAAACAUGAGGGCCUGACUGCUGGAAACAACCCGCCCUCACGCUUGGAUAGCCACACUUGCCCUUCUUGCUUUUCAGGGUCUCAGAAGACCUGAAAGACCCAUGUACAGAACGAUGUAAAUAGUACUUAGAAGUCGGAAUGAGGGUUUAUUUGUGUAAACUCUUCUUAUACUGUCCUUUGGAAAGUAUCUUUUGUAUAUAAUUGAAAAAUGCAGAUAACUUAUUCACAACUGUGAUGGACAGGAUUGUUUUGGGUUUGUUGGUUUUUUUUUUUUUAAUUUUCUUAUUUUAUAUUCCACUGGCUUAAACAUAAGCUGAAAAUGCAUUUUUGUAAUGGAACAAGUAGAGCUGCAUUGGGAAAACAACUGACUCUUCUGCUUAUGUGCUUCUGCAGCUAUUAAGUCUUUAUGUAAUGGCUUGUUUGUAACGUCAUCUCUUAAACUCAGUAAAAAUCAAUUUAAAAAUCUC